GCCGCCCAGCGCCGGCUCCGCAGCUCCCGCCUGCCAGCCGGCCCGCCCGGCGCCGGGCCAUGGCGCUGCUGAGGGACGUGUCGCUGCAGGAUCCGCGGGACCGCUUCGAGCUGCUGCAGCGCGUGGGGGCCGGGACCUAUGGCGACGUCUACAAGGCCCGCGACACGGUCACGUCAGAAUUGGCUGCGGUCAAGAUAGUGAAGCUAGAUCCAGGGGACGACAUCAGCUCCCUUCAGCAGGAAAUCACCAUCCUGCGUGAGUGCCACCACCCCAAUGUGGUGGCCUACAUUGGCAGCUAUCUCAGGAAUGACCGCUUGUGGAUCUGCAUGGAGUUCUGUGGAGGGGGGUCUCUGCAGGAGAUUUAUCACGCUACUGGGCCCCUGGAGGAACGGCAGAUUGCCUAUGUCUGCCGAGAGGCACUAAAGGGCCUGCACCACUUACAUUCUCAGGGGAAGAUCCACAGAGACAUCAAGGGAGCCAACCUUCUCCUCACCCUCCAGGGAGAUGUCAAGCUGGCUGACUUUGGGGUGUCAGGCGAGCUGACGGCAUCUGUGGCUAAGAGGAGGUCUUUCAUUGGGACUCCAUACUGGAUGGCCCCGGAGGUGGCUGCCGUGGAGCGCAAAGGCGGCUACAACGAGCUGUGUGAUGUCUGGGCCCUGGGCAUCACCGCCAUUGAGCUGGGAGAGUUGCAGCCCCCUCUAUUCCACCUUCACCCCAUGAGGGCCUUGAUGCUCAUGUCCAAGAGCAGCUUCCAGCCGCCUAAGCUGAGAGACAAGACGCGCUGGACCCAGAAUUUCCACCACUUCCUCAAGCUCGCCUUGACCAAGAACCCCAAGAAGAGGCCAACAGCAGAGAAGCUCCUUCAGCACCCAUUCACAACCCAGCAGCUCCCUCGGGCUCUCCUCACACAGCUGUUGGACAAGGCCAAUGACCCCCACUUGGGCACCCCCUCCCCAGAAGACUGUGACCUGGAGACUUAUGACAUGUUUCCAGACACCAUUCAUUCCCGGGGUCAGCACAGCCAGGCUGAGAGGACCCCCUCAGAGAUCCAGUUUCACCAGGUGAAAUUUGGUGCCCCACGCAGGAAGGAAACGGAUCCGCUAAAUGAGCCGUGGGAAGAGGAGUGGACGCUGCUGGGAAAGGAGGACCUGAGUGGGAGCCUGCUGCAAUCAGUCCAGGAGGCCCUGGAGGAAAGGAGCCUAACCAUCCGACCAGCUGUGGAACUCCAGGAACUGGACUCUCCAGACGAUGCUAUGGGAACCAUCAAGCGGGCCCCAUGCUUGGGGCCAUCCCCACCUGAGCCUCCAGCUGAGGACCCUCUAUCCAGCCCCCCAGGAACCCCGCCCCUGCCUCCCCUAGGCCCUGACAGCACCCCGGUUCUCCCCACCGCCUGGGCCACCAUGAAGCAGCCGGAGGAUUCUGAGAGAUCCUCUUGCCACGGGCUUCCCCCAACCCCCAAGGUGCACAUGGGCGCCUGCUUCUCCAAGGUCUUCAAUGGCUGUCCCCUGCGGAUCCACGCUGCUGUCACUUGGAUUCACCCUGUCACCCGGGAUCAGUUCCUGGUGGUGGGGGCUGAGGAAGGCAUCUACACCCUCAACCUGCAUGAGCUGCACGAGGAUACACUAGAGAAGCUGAUUUCACACCGCUGCGCCUGGCUCUACUGUGUGAAUAACGUGCUGCUGUCACUCUCAGGGAAAUCCACGCACAUCUGGGCCCAUGACCUCCCAGGCUUGUUUGAGCAGCGGCGACUACAGCAGCAGGUUCCCCUCUCCAUCCCCACCAACCGCCUCACCCAGCGCAUCAUCCCCAGGCGCUUUGCCCUGUCCACCAAGAUUCCUGACACCAAAGGCUGCCUGCAGUGUCGUGUGGUGCGGAACCCCUACACAGGCAGCACGUUCCUGCUGGCCGCCUUGCCUGCCAGCCUGCUCCUGCUGCAGUGGUAUGAGCCGCUACAGAAGUUCCUGCUGCUGAAGAACUUCUCCAGCCCCUUGCCCAGCCCAGCAGGGAUGCUGGAGCCACUGGUGUUGGAUGGGAAGGAGCUGCCACAGGUGUGCGUGGGGGCCGAGGGCCCCGAGGGGCCUGGCUGUCGUGUGCUGUUCCAUGUCCUGCCCCUGGAGGCUGGCUUGACACCUGACGUCCUCAUACCACCUGAGGGGCUCCCAGGCUCGGCCCAGCAAGUGAUCCAGGUGGACAGGGACACAGUCCUAGUCUGCUUUGACCGCUGCGUGAGGAUUGUCAACCUGCUGGGUGAGCCCACGGCCACACUGGCACCUGUGCUGACCUUUGACUUCCCCAUUGAGACUGUGGUGUGUCUGCAGGACAGCGUGCUGGCCUUCUGGAGCCAUGGAAUGCAAGGCCGUAGUCUGGAUACCAACGAGGUGACCCAGGAGAUCACAGAUGAGACCAGGGUCUUCCGAGUGCUUGGGGCCCACAGAGACAUCAUCCUUGAGAGUAUUCCCACCGACAACCCGGGGGCUCACAGCAACCUCUACAUUCUCACGGGCCAUCAGAGCAGUUACUGAGCGGGCCAGGCCUGGCCAGUGGCAUGCCCCCACCCCACCUCCAUGCCUUAGCUGCAGUCCACUUUAGGCAGAGGGGCCCCUCCUGCAUCAGAGAAGCCCAGGCCCCCGGUCUGCUGGGCUGAAGGGCAGAAAUAAUCCUGAGAAGUUCUGGGGCUGUGGAGGGGAGGGGAGUCCACCCACAGCCCUGCAAUAACUGGACCAGAGGAAGCUGCUGUCACCUGCCCCUCCCCUUCGGGCAGCCCAGGCCUAGUGCCCCAUGGCAGGGUGGGGGCAGGCCCUGGGUGAUCCAUUCCAUCUUGUUCCCAUUUCCUCUCCACUCUUCCUGCCGAGAGCCUGCCCCUGUACCCUGUCCUGGGAACAUAUUUAAAAGAGAGAACUAUAUUGAUAUGAAAGCUGGUUUGAUUUAUUCCACUGGUUCCUCUGGGGCAGGGGCAGGGGGCACUGUGUCCACUGCCUCACUUCCCUCCUCCUCCCUCCUUCCCUCCCUCCCUCCCUCCAACACAUCUUUCUGUGGCACCAGGUACUAUAGAAGCACAGGGGAAGUGCAGGCCACCAGUGUUGUGGUGGCUCCCUCAUGGGGGUACCAGGCAGCAGUGCUGGGGAGGCCAGUGGCCCCAUACAGCAUCUCGGGGUGCUGUAUCUUCCUGGGCUCCCCUCAGGAUGAGCCCGCAGCUUGGCAGUAUGGCCAAGGAGUCAUGUAGAUGGGAGGCCCCUGAACAAAGGGCCUCUCAUCCAGGGCAGCCCUGCCCCAUAUAGGAUCUCAUCAGGCAAACAGGGCCCAGGAGGGGCCAGCCAAGAGCUGUUCCACCCAGCCCCAGGGAGGCCUAUGGAAACAGCCGGCCAUGACCUGUACCACCCAGGCCUGGGGCUGCCGCCCUGCCUCCCACCUGCUGCCUACGUAUCAGUGUGCUCGAUCAGGCCAGGCCUACUCAGUGUGGGCACCAUCACCAGGCUAGACUCUGGCAAGAUUAGCCUGUGUCCAUUUAACAAGUAUUCCCAGAGGAACUCCUCAGUGGCAGGCCCUGGGCUCACAGAGGGGUCACUACCAAGGUGUGCACCAGCCCCCCCGGGAGGGGAGCUGUCCUUGCUUUAGCCUGAGUCUUGAGGGCACAUGCAUCCACCCAUGGCUGACCUUGUGCUUUGAAUUGCCGUUCUCCCACGUUUCCCUCUUAGGGGGCUCCCUACCCCUGGGAGCCUCGUCAUGCCCCAGGCACUGACCAGGCUGCUCUUGACCAGAGCCUUUGGGCAGGUGAGGCCAAGGGGGCAGGAUGGCAGCUGGCCUUGAAGGAGGGUGCGGUGCACAGCAGGACCAGGGCUGCAGAGGGCUGGAAGGCCCUGGAUCUAGGUAGAGUCUGAGCAAAGGCCCAGGGGCCAGCUCUCGAGUUUGGCCCAAUCUCCCUUCUGAUAUUCAAGGCAAGUGUUUGAGUAAGAACUUCUCUACACCUGGUUGGCCAUUGGGAAAUAUUUGACACAUUUAAAUAUAAAGCACAUUUAAGUGAACGAAAAGAUAAGUGGGUGAGUGGUGGGUAGAUGGCGACUUACGUGAAGCAGCAGCAGCAUCCCCGUCCCAAGGGCCCCAGGCAAUUCCAUGGUUGUCGUAGUGUCCCCUCGUCCACACUCCAGCAGAGCCCCAGCUGCUCUGACUACCAGUGCCUGGGUUUCUCAGCUGAAAUGGGGGUGAGGCCAGGGGAGGAGACAGCCCCUGUGCACUGGCUCAAUGGAGGUUGGGAGGGACCUUCCAAGUUCUGAAGGUUUGUCUGCUCCACCUGCAGGGCAUUCCAUAGGCCAAAUGGCGGGGUGACAGGGAUAUGAUUUCCAAAUUCCAAUUUUUCAGAUUUCUUGAUAGAAGUGGGAGGUGAGCGGGAUCCCUAUCAGCAGAGACUCUGAUCCCAGGUACCCAGGGACUGAUCGGCCCCCAGAGCACCAAGCAGCAGACAGCGCCACCUUGUGGCAGGCUGCCGCAGCUCUGAGCAGCCACCCUUGUCUGAAAAGGUGGUGGUGGGGUUGUCAGAGAGUAAUUUGCCUAAAUCUGGGAUCUGAGAAAAGCAAGAGCCUCUGAUAAAAUAUUGGCUGCCAGAAAAGGCUGGCCAGAAGCCAAAGAAAGAUCAAGAAGCCAGGGAAUAUGCCCUGAGAGACUAAAAUUAUUUUAUUUAUGUAUUUUUUAAUAGGUAGCCCUUGCGUAUGGUAAACAAUUUUAAAAAAAUGCAAAAUAGGUACUAUGAAACGUCUCCCACUCAGGUCCCAGUUACUUCUGAAGCCUUCUGAAGUGUUUAUGCAUAUGUAGCGGUCCUGUAUGUUUCAUUCUUCCCUCUUUAUACCAUGGUCUAACAUAAUCACACGCACUUUGCAUCUUGGUCUUUAAAAUCUACCCUGGAGAGCUUUCCAUGAUCAGUACCUCCCCCUUUGUUGUUUUAUAGUCAGUGGUAUUCCAUUGUAUGUAUUUCCCAUAACGUUAAUUUACUGUCAUUAGAUCCCGAUUGAUGAAAUUUUAUGUUGUUUCUAUUACUUUGAUAUUACAAAUGACACUGCAAUAAAUAUUCUUAUGCCAAUGCCCCUCUAUAUAUUCAGGUGUCCUCUAGGGCCAAUUCCUGGAGUGGCAUUGCUGUGUCAGAGGGGGCCCUGUGUGUCCUUGUGAUAGCUACUGUCAAAUUGCCCUCCCUGGGCGGAAGCUUCCGGGAUGGGUCAUAUCAGCUUCUCUCGGCCAUCCUGUGGGUGAGUGGAAGAGGCGUGGGCACCUCAGGGUGUUUGGGGAGCUGGCCCAUACACCAGUUAAGUGAGGGUCAAAAGGAGAACCACCACGAGAAUGUGGCCAUGUUCACUGGCAUGUCCAGCAGUGGGACACUGCUUGCUGCACAGCAGGCCCUUGGGCUUGCUUUCCGAGGGAAGGAAUGAGCGUGGUGUGGUGAAGAGGAGGCCCUGGGGUCAGGCCCCUGGACUGGGCGAGCUUGCUGAGCUGCAUUUUCCCAGGUACAUAUCCUAAGUCUGCCUGCAGGGCUGUUGGGAGGAUUGAAAAUAAUGGUAAUAUACAAAAUGCAACAACACAGAUGCAUCUUGGGUAAUGCCAAAUUAAAACAGCAAGUUACAUAAAAUUACACACAGUAUGAUAGCAAGUCUAAACCACUUCUAGUUGGUGAUAGAUGCACAUGUGAAAAAACUCCAUUAGAUCAGAAGCAGCACAAAAUUCAAAAUGAUGGUCCCUGGGGGGAGAAUGAGAGUGGGGUAACACAGGACCCCAGGAAUUUGCAGAGGUAUUGGUAAUAUCUUGGUUGUCAGGCUGGGUGGUAGGUUCACAGGUGUUCAAUUAAUAAUUCAAUUCCUAACUCACAUAAGGUACACACAUCCUUUUGUUUGUAUCAAAUACUAUGUAAUAAAACAUUUAAGUUUAAAUAUUUUAAAGUAAUCACUCAAAAAUGAAAGCUCGAUAAUGGCUUAAAAAAAAAAAAGCAAAAAAAUAUAAUGCCAAGAUAAUCCUUUCCUAGAUAGUGAAAUCAGUAUUCUGUGUAGAACUGUGGGCAGAUCCCUUUCCCAGUAGUUGCUUUCUUCUAUAGUUUCUUUUUAAAAACAGCUUCAUCAAGGUAUAAUCAGCAUAUAAUAAACUGCAUAUAUUAAAAAUGUACUAUUAAAAAUAUACUGACACAUACACCUGUGAAACCAUUACCACAAUCAAGAUAGCAAACAUCUCUGACAUCCCCAAAAGCUUCUUCUGCUCUUUGUAAUCACACCCUCCAGCUUCUCCUCACCUCCCCAUCCCCACGUAACCAUUGAUCCGCUUUGUGUCACCAUAGAUGCAUUUGCAUUUUUCAGAAUUUACAUAAAUAAAAUCAUACAAUAUGUCCUCUGUUCUUGUCUGGCUUCUUUCACUGAGCACCAUUAUUGAGAUUCAUUCAUGUUGUUGCAUGUAACAGUCAUUCCUUUUUUAUUGCCAAGUAGUAUUCUCCUGUGUGUAUGUACCACAGUGUUUAGCUAGUCACCUGUUGAACAUGUGGGCUGUUUCCAGUUUUGGACUAUUAUAAAUAAAGCUAUAAACAUUUGUGUACCUGUCUGUGUGGCUGUAUACUUUCACUUCUCUCAGUAAAUACUAUGGACAAAAAAGGGGCUUGGUAACAAACCUGAUCACAGGGUGAUCUGAUCAUAAAUUCCUAACUGGGAAGAUCACAGUGGGUAGUCAUAUAACUUCUUUACUAAAAGGUUUUUCUCUGCCUUAAGCCAGCCCUGUCCAUCAUUCUUGUGCAUCGAGGUUAACACAUCUUUGAAAUGCCUCUUUUCCAGACCCCUCAGAGGUGUAAUCACCC